UCAACAGGAAGUGUUUACUGGUUACUGUGCAUGCUCAGUUCCACCCAGACUGUGAGUUUGCUGCUGCAGCUGCAUGUGUGUGUUUGUGUGUGACUGUAAAUGUUUAUCUGAAGUGUGUUUGUGUUCAGAGUCCAUCUGGAGCCUCAGACUCGAGCAGGAUGAGUUCAUCAAGAGGAGGAUCGGCCCUGCAGGUCCAUGUGGUCCGGUUCGGUCCGGGUCAGGAGCUGUUGGGAUCUCUGCAGGCGUUCGUGGAGGAGAGGCGACUCCGAGCGCCGUUCAUCAUCACCUGCGUGGGCAGCGUCACCAAGGCAACGCUCCGGCUGGCCAACGCCACAGCAUCAAAUACUAAUGAGGUGAUCCAUCUUGAAAGGAAGUACGAGAUCGUGUCCCUGGUUGGGACUCUGAACCCGGAAGCCCACCUCCACAUCUGCCUGUCGGACGCGCAGGGCAGGACGGUCGGGGGUCACGUGCUGGGAGACCUGGAGGUGUUCACCACGGCCGAGGUGGUCGUCGGCGAGGCGGUCGACCUGCGGUUCACCAGAGAGAUGGACGAGAGGACGGGCUUCCCCGAGCUCGUCGUUCAAACCGCUCAAAUCUGACAGCUGAAGGAGUAAAAACAGGUCUUUAUUCACGUAGAGUAUCCACUGUAACUAUGGCAACUGUCAAAAGAUCCUUUUAUAAACUGUAGUGAGCUUGUUUUAAUGUG